AUGUCACAACAAUCUCUGAACAUUCUCAUAUCAGGCGGCGGCAUCGCAGAGAGGGCUCCGUCACCACGGAUCACUGGCCAGGCGGUAGACAUCCGAGGUCCAGGUGUUGACGUGAUCAACAAAAUCGGUCUGGAGCGAGAUGUCAAGGCUCGACACACCACGGAGACCGGCAUUGCCAUGUUGAAUCCACAGGGCGUGGCUGCAGCGGUCUUUCCAUCAAGUGGUGAUGCCAAGGACCAGAGCGCGACGAGCGAGUAUGAGAUCUUGCGAGGUGAUCUGGCAGGUCUACUGCUUGAUGUAGUCGACGCAUCAAAACAGGAAGGUGCGAACGUCAACAUGGUCUACGGCGAGUCUAUCGACACUAUGGAAGAGCGGGCGGACGGAUCCGGGGUAGACGUCAACUUCACCAUUGGGAAACUCAACAGCCAAAAGUUCGACGUCGUCAUCGGCGCAGAUGGUAUUGCAAGCAAAGUACGGAGCAUCAUAUUUGGCAAGGUCGACUCGAAGGAGCAUAUCAAGCCAUCUGGACUCUACAUCGCUUUCUUUACGAUCCCACGCGUUCCAGGGGACGACUCACUCUGGAAAUGGUGUCAGAUCCCACCGGGCUUGGCCAUGCACAUAAGGCCGCAUUGCAACGGUAAGACCAUGGGUGUCUACCUCACCAUCUGCAACCCAAAGGCAGACUACCUUCCUGAGCUAGAAGACAUCAUCCACGCAGAUGUGGCUACACAGAAGAAGUAUCUUCGCCAGAGAUUCCAGAACAUUGGGUGGCAAAGCCAACGCUUUCUCGAUGGGAUGGAUGCAACGGAUGACUUCUACAUGUCGCAAUGGCAAGUCCGAAACCCGUGCCGCGUGGUGACACCCAAAUACACCAAGGGACGCUGCGUGAUUCUCGGAGAUGCCGCCUUUGCGACCAUGGGCAUCGGCACGAGCCUGGCAAUGACCGGAGCAUACUGUAUUGCCGGUGAGCUGUCGAAAAUUGAUUCUGCCAGCCAAGUCGCGGAGGCUUUGCAGAAGUACGAGAAUUUGUUGCGCCCAUAUAUUGAGAAAACCCAGAACGCUCCAGGCAGCAGUGUUGGUAUGCAGAUUGCAAAUCCCCAGACAGCAUUGGGGCUCUGGAUGUUCCAGACCGUGCUGUGGGUGGUUGCGUUCUUGAAGAUACCAAAACUUUUGAGUUUCUUUGGCGGCGGUAGUAGAGAGACAUGGACGCUUCCAGAGUAUGGCUGGUAG